GAGAGCGCGGAGAGCCAGCGCGGAGAGGCACUGACGGGACAUCAUCUGGACCAGCCAACUAAACAAACCGUUCCAACUCUUCACCAGCGGGGGAAAAAGCGUGAGAGCAGACUGGAUUCACGCACGGACCUAAAAUGAAAGGCUUACCUGGCUGUGUUUUUGCGGAGUUUUCUAUCACAUCGAUUCGGCUUUGACACUGCGCUUUGCAAAACUUUUCCUUUUAGUUUGUUUUGGAGGAAUUUUAGGCACAACAAGUGAAAAUCAACGGACAUUUUCAAUCAAGUUUUGGACUAAUCUGCACCGCCUGUCCACCGAUAUCUUUUCUGGAUAAACUCUAACUCAAGUCGGCACCAUGGACGAGGACCAGUGCUACUACAACGAGACCAUCGCCUUCUUCUACAACCGCAGCGGCAAAACCCUGGCUACGGACUGGAACGCCGUGAGCCGCCUGGUGAUGGGCCUGGGUAUCACCGUGUGCAUCUUCAUCAUGCUCGCCAACCUCCUCGUCAUGAUCGCCAUCUACGUCAACCGGCGUUUCCACUUCCCCAUAUACUACCUGAUGGCUAACCUAGCUGCUGCCGACUUCUUCGCCGGGCUGGCUUACUUCUACUUGAUGUUCAACACGGGACCUAACACGAGGAGGCUAACAGUUUCGACGUGGCUGCUACGGCAAGGUUUGAUCGAUACUAGCUUGACUGCUUCCGUCGCUAACCUGCUAGCCAUCGCCAUCGAACGCCACAUCACUGUAUUCCGGAUGCAGCUACACACGCGCAUGAGCAAUCGGCGAGUGGUGGUUGUCAUCGUGAUUAUUUGGACAAUGUCGAUCGUCAUGGGCGCCAUUCCGAGUGUGGGUUGGAAUUGUAUCUGUAGCUUAAAGUCGUGUUCCAAUAUGGCGCCCCUGUACAGCAACUCCUACCUGGUGUUUUGGGCGGUGUUCAACCUGGUGACCUUUGUUGUCAUGGUAACGCUGUACGCACACAUCUUCGUUUAUGUGCGCCAGAGGACCAUGAGGAUGUCGAGGCACAGCUCCGGACCGAGGAGGAACAGGGAUACGAUGAUGUCUCUGCUGAAAACUGUGGCCAUUGUGUUAGGUGCCUUCAUCAUCUGCUGGACCCCGGGCCUGGUCAUCCUCCUCUUGGACGUCUUCUGCGCCAAAUGCGACGUCCUGGCCUACGAGAAGUUCUUCCUGCUCCUGGCCGAAUUCAACUCCGCCAUGAACCCCAUCAUCUACUCCUACCGCGACAAGGAGAUGAGCGCCACCUUCAGGCAGAUCCUGUGCUGCCAGCGCCAAGAGAACGCCAACGGUACGGUGGCGGAGGGCUCGGACCGGUCGGCAUCUUCCAUCAAUCACACGGUUCUGAGCGGGGGAGCGCAUCACCACAACAAUCACAACAAUGAACAUUCGGUGGUAUAGGCUAAACGAAGUUACCAAACGGACUGUGAACAGAUUAUAAACUAAAUUGCAGUAUCUUGAUGAAGAGAAAGACCAAUGAAGAAUAUACAACACUACAUGGAUUUGAGAUUUAAGGACUCCAGUAGGCUCUUAGUGUUUCGUGUUGUGUGUUACUGAACUAUUUAAGAGUUAUCUGUGAAGUGAUGGUUAUGCCAGUAUUGUAACUUCUAAUAUCGUGUUUCUUAUUAUUCAGGUUAACUUUCAAUAGGGUAACAUUGCAUUCGUAUACGUGAUUUUAAGCAUCUGCCUCGUCUUAGAAAAGAACAUUUUAAUGACUAGGAAAGCUAUUAAAAUCGUCACAUUUUUUUGUUGCUCGAAGUGAAUUUGAUAGAUUUGGGGUGGUACAUUUGUUAAUUUGCUUUCAUUUCAAUAGGUGUCUACAUUCAAACUCUAGGUUUACUACAUAAGUUGGUUUUAUGGUGCACUGUGUAACUUUUUGGUAGAGGGUCCGCCACCUGCUUGUUUUUAUGGAUAUGCUAUUGCUCUGCCUGGAAUAUUACACAGUAUGGCAUUAAACAGCUUUUUUUUAACGUUUAUUAAAUUACAGUUGGUUUUAUGGCACAAAGAAAUAGGCAUUCUGACUGUGAGCGAAGUUGCUUCUCCACAGAUCUGACCUAUAACUUGGUCUAGUUUGACAGAAUGAUUUAAUGCCAUACUUUGAAACAUUCCAUUGGGAAACACAUUUGACAGACCCUCCACCGGAAAAGUUACACGAUGCACCUAACGCAAAAUUCUGUGAAGUAAGUGCACUUUUUUUCUACCAAUUUAACUGCAGUUAUCGUUUUGAGCCUGAUUUUUUUUCCCCAUUACAAUCAGCAUCAAUGUUAUGACCAACAGUUUUGCCUUGAAACUGUCCCCAGUGGUAAUGCAAGUCUUAAAAUCAUGGCUCUGUACUAAGCUAAGUUAGUUGAAAUCAUGCACGAUUGAUAUCAAGGUGCUGUACCUGAUUUUUACUGUCUUAAAAACAUGGAAAAAAAAAAAAAAAAAAAAAAAAAGAACUAGUUCAUUUUCAAACAGUUUGUAGUCGCCCAAACUUAUUCCCCAUUCCAAGCAUCCUAAUUAUUCACCGAGAUGAGUUCAUAAGCGCUUUUCACAACCCUCAGAGACUAUAGUAGAGUUUUGCUGCAUCAAUAAAGUGAACAGCAACUAGCAUGCUAACCCACACUUCCUGAUUAAAAGCUUUAUAAUUAGACAGCACACAGGGGACAUAUUUCAAGCUCUGUACUGGGACAGUUUAGCUCAAAUACAUAGAAAAAAAAAAAAAAAAAAUCAAAUACAGGCUUUUUUCUGAUCUGCGUUAUGUUGUUUCCUCAUCACAAACAUACCAGGAGUUGUGUUUUGUUUCAUUCACAUGUUUUACACUGACAGACUGAUAAUAAGAGGUUACUCAAACAUGUGUGAAUGAAACAAAACAAAACUCCAGGUAUGUUUUUGAUGAAGGAACAACAUUCUAACACGGCUAAAAGCUCACAAGAGUCAGUUUUGUGUAAUAUAGGACCUUUAAGUCUGGAUAAGUGGUAUCAUGAGGUGGACAUUGUUCUAAAUAGAUCCAUAUUGGGUCAAAUAAAAAAAUAUAAUGUUUAAAAAAGCAAUAAUAAAGCAACUAAGUAUGGAUUUGCUAGAUCAACAAACAGCAUUGUGACGUAUCUGCCAUUGCCUUGUUCGGGGUUGUUGCUUGGUCAGUGGGUGCUACUAUCUUCCCAUUUAAGAUCACAUGAGACACCAUGACUGUGUGAACCCAGUGUGAACCUUGCUAACCUAAUUUAGAAGUGAGGAACAUUGGUAGAAAAGGAAAAUGGACACGAGUCCUCACUUAGCAACAGUAUAAAAACAUUACUUCCCAGUGUAAUAUGAUGAUUGGAUGAUUUCAACCCUGGAACUGCCAAUCUCUACUCAAGAAAAGGUAAAAGGCAGCUGUUAACUUGAAAACUACCGCUACAUGACAUCACAAGGAGAAACUCCAGGUAUGUUUUUGAUGAGGUAACAACAUUAUAACAUGACUUAAAGCUCACAAGAGUCAAUUUCGUGUAAUAUAGGAACUUAAAAUCAUUCUUAGAGCAGCCUUCUUUUUCAUCAGUCAUCAGUGCAAAACAAAAUACAGGGAGAAUCUGGAAUUGUUUAUUUGCCCGAGGGAAUUAGAGACAGGCUGUCCCAGAGCGCACCAAGACACGGAGGAGGAUGUUUGUAGCCUUUAAAUGGAAGGUCUUAUGCCACAGUGUCACGCUAUGAUAAGGUUAGGGUCAUAUCUGGUGAAUGUUAGCGGGUUUAAGAGAUCCUGACUCUGAGCUUGUGUCCUCGGCCGGAGUAAGGUGAAAGGGCACGGUUGAGAAAGAGCAGAGAAUUGUGUGAGAAGGACAACUGAUGUAAAAAUGCCUCCCGGUGACUAGAACGUAGUUGUGUAAACAGAAAAUGCGAGACGGCUUGGCUUUCAGUUGUCGGGGUAUUGUAGAUUUGUUACGUCAUGUUUGCCGAAAUGAAGAAGGUCUGGUAGGUUUAUUUACAAAAGAUGUUAGGAUGCGAGCUCGAUUGACAAUUUUUAAGGUUUGCGAAGAAUACGAGAAGCUAACUUAGGGGGUUUGCGUAUUUUGGCAGUAAACUGUUUUUCUGAUUGGCCGAACGAUGGGGCCAAUGACACCAACAGAUGUCGCGGGAUCUGGAGAGUACGAUGAAACAUAAAACUCAAUUUCAGCAAGUUAACUGGACCAGUUUUAUGGGAACAAAUAUACCGUUUAUAAUUUUACAUCAACGCACAUUUUCAUUUGGUCCAUAUACUGCAAAAAGCAAUCUAGGUAAGGAAAAAACUAAAAAUGUGGCUGUUUGAUGCAGGUGUUCCAAUCAGUGGGAGCUGGUAGAGGGUAUUCUUUGGAAAAAGGAUCAAAACUUUAAACUCAACAGAAUCCAGGCACUCCAAAGAAGUAAAAAUUGCAUGAGUAAAAAUAUAGUUAAAAGGGCUUUAUUUAAAUGGCCAAAGCCAACAUGUUUCAACCAACCUGGUCUUCAUCAGGGCUUAUAAAGGCCUUUUAACUAUUUUUCCUCUUGUGAUUUUUACUUCUUUGGAGUGCCUGGAGUCCGCAGUGUUAAAGCAAUCUAGGUAAGUUAAAAUGACUUAAAUUCAACUUGACAAGUGAAAGGAUCCACCAGUGGAACAAGUGCGUUUUUCUUAAUUCAAGUAACAUUCAAUUUUGUUUCUUAUUUUAAGUGCAAAUAGUUGCUUUGUAGCAAGAUGUAUUUUCAUAUUCUAAGUACAAAUUCAUUUUUACUUGUCAAGUGAAAUUUACUCAAAUCAUGAUGAAACUUUCUUCAUUCGAGUAAUUUUAACUUGGCUAGAUUUUAGUUUUUCCAGUUGUAGAAGUUGUGUUUUUUGCUCAUAAAUGGUUCAACUCCUAGAAACUUUUUUUUUUAAAGAAUAACCCAAAACUACUCAAUCAGUUGUAACCGUUACAGAAUCAAACCAUGAAUUUACAAAUUUUUUUUUCAAGUCACCCCAAGAGACAAGGGCAGUCUCAGGGCAAAAAAUGGCUAUAAAGUUUUACCGACAAGUUUGAUCCGGUGUUUGUUUUUAAGAAGCCUUCUGUUAUCACUGAUCCAGACUGCAUGUCUUGAAAGCAUUGUACAAAACACCAAAUAUGGGAAGUAAAGUAAAAGCAAUGUUCCGUGGUGAUUGAUGACCUGCUAGGAACUAAAAUUAAGCUUUAGAAGGUUUGAACUACGGGCGAAGAAAACGUGUUGUAGCUUCGAUUGGUAGUCCAUUUAAUCACUUUCGUCACUCUUUUAUGUUUAAGGAUUAUAGUACGUUACAGUCACAUACAACAACAAAAAUAGUGUCCCUGUUUGUUGCUUCUACUGUAUAUGGUUCUCAUUCAACAAAUUAAUUCCUCUUAAAAUACAUCAGUCAUAUCUUUCUAAUUUUCUUGCUCAAUAGCUCAAAGGAUGGAGAACCUGAUAGAAAUAAGAAAUACAAUUCUAUUCACCCAAAUACACAAACAUCUCAUAUAUGUUAUAGUCACACACAACAACAAAAAUACUCUAGUGUUCCUGAUUGUUGCUUCUAUAUGGUUAUUAUCCAACAAAAUAAUCCCUCAAUCUAAUUACGUUCAGUUUAGUUUGCUUGUUCAAUAGUUGCUUUUACAGUCGCCUGAUAGGAAUAAGAAAUACAAUUCCAUUCACCCAAAUACACAAACAUCUCAUAUAUUUUAGGAUUCCUGAUAAUUUGUUCCUCUUGGUAAUAUUACGUUGGGUGAGAGAAGUUAUGGUAGAGUCCAAGAAAAACAAACCUGAUUUAUGAAGUGGUGCGCGCGCUGGGCCUGGCUUCCUCAGCGACUGUAAAGAGUGAAGAGCAGCGAGAGGGUUAGGAUGUGUAGUGUCUGGUUGGGUAAGUUCCAGAGAACUUUUCAGGAACUGGGCCAGUGGAAUGGUUUAUGAGCGGAGUAGAGUAACAAUAGACCCAUUUCCCAUAUUCAUUCUCAAUCUAGACAUUUCAUGGCAAACUGUAGCAAAAGUUCACCAAAAAUAUGAAAUGUGCUGAACUUAACUGCGCAACUUUUCCAGUGAAGGCUGCUCUACCUGCUUGUCUCCGUGGAAAUGUUAUUGCUUUGUCUAGAAUGUUCCACAGUACACUGGAAAAAAGCAAUACCAAGUUAAAUUAAAAUGACUUAAACUAAGAACAUAUUUAUUUGAAGAGAUUCAACUUGACAAGUACAAUGAUCUACCAAUGGAAUAAGUGUGUUUUUCUUAAAUCAAGCAAUAAUAUAUUAGAUUUUGUUUCUUAUUUUAAGAGCAAAAAGUUGUUGCUUUUUCUUAUUUUAAGUGUAGCGAGAUGUAUUUUCAUAUUUUAAUUUGUUUUUUUGUCGAGAUUAAACCUAUCACGAGGGAGACAAGCAGGUUACAGCACUAUGCUACUUUACAAUUCAGAUCUGUAGAGAGUCGCCCCUUUUCACAGAAGGAAUUAUUGCAUUUUUGACACCCGUAUAUAAGAUUACGGAUGUAACUCUGGACUUUUACUAGCCCAGGAAAGCCGUAGCACCCAAGGGGUCAACAUAAACGAAGAAAAGAAAAUAAGUUCUUCACCUUUUUUUUUGGCCACACCAAGGGCAGAUCUGACAGCAUGUCCCCAUGACAGACAACAGGCAACCAACAGUGACAAAAAAAAUUCCCAUUAUAUAGCCUGGAAUAAACCACUAAGCUGCAGACAGGUAAAUUUGAACAUUUAAAAAUUAUGAAAUAUAUAAUUAUACUAUUUACAUUUCAUAAACUAAUAUUGCACUUUGUUACAUUAGGAUUAUCAGUUUUUUAAAUAUUAUUUCAUGUAUAGAUAGAUAGUUAAAACCAUUUUGGCAAUUAAACCUCCCCUCCCCCAGCAGCACUUGGCAGAGUCCAAAUCAGGGCUAUGGGAUGCACCUGGCCUGCACUUAUAAGGAUACGCCUCCAAAUCAGUGCCUCCACCAAUCACCUCAAAGGAAAGGAAAAAAGGAGUGAAACAGGAAAAAUAGGUGGGUUUCACGUGACGUCACAGGGCUACGUUUGUCCGCACGCAAAAUCAGAUGGAGGGCAGGAAGUGAACUGACUGGAGGAAAAUGCCGAUGUGUUGUGUAAUUUACAGCUGUGCCAAUCGUUCUAACCGAGAGAAGGAAAAGCAAUUUUUUUAGAGUACCGAAUAUAGUCGUCCACAAAGGUCAGAAAUGGGAAAAGCCGACAGAACAAUGCCGUAAAAAGUGGAUUACAAACCUGUUUGCGGUCAGGAGGAGCAGAAUUCGCUAAUGCUCGUGUCUGCAGUGACCACUUCGUCAAAGGUUUGUUACAAAGCAAAAUUGUUUUUUGUGUUUUACCUAAACAUAAACGAAUCAUUAAGGACUAACGGCUAACGAUGUUUGUUGAUAUUAAAUAGUUCAGAUAGAGGUUACUGCCGAUACACUGCAGUUUUUUCCAUAAUAAUAUAAUAAUAAUAAUAAUAUCUAUACACAUAAAAUAAGAGAAACACUCCAGCGAAGACCAAACGAUAAUCAUCAUUUAGGUGUUUUGCCCCAAGAUUGAGGACCCUUCCACUGACAAAAAAAGUUAUAUGCCUCCAAACUGUUGUACGCCUUCAUCUGUUGUCUGGUGUAGAACGAUGUCUGAAGAGCUAAAUAGUUCGUGAUAUCCUCUGCCUCGAUUGUCAGCAAAUCUUUUGAAAAUUCUCUCAUCUUCAAUAAGAUGGGAUCACGCCCAAUAUAUUUGUCGACUAACUGCCGUACUUUUGUCUUGCUACUGGCUCUAAAUCCUUACAAUAAGAACUCUUCUCCAUAUCUGUGUUCUCCAGAGCCGUGUUUGUCGUGUUUGUCUUCACUUCCUGCCCUCCACCUGAAAUUCGCGCAUCAUUGUGAUCAUGUGACUGAAACCCUCCUAUUAACAUGGCAUCAAAUGAAUAUAUCUGAAAACAUGAAGGUAUACACCUGAUUGGUGAGGGUGUGGUCUAUAGCUCCCUCACACCGUAAUAAAUAAAUGCUAGAUGGAAAUGUGUAAUGUCAUACCAUGGAACAUUCUAGACAAAGCAAUAACAUCUUCAUGGAGACAAGCAUAGGGUGACCAGUAUUUUAAAAUUAAAAACUGGGACAUCCCUGUUUUUUUUGGUGGUUGGUAAUAAUAAAAUUGUGAAACGGGUGUGUAAUUAAGGAAAAUUGUUAUGCAGACCAUUCAUGACUAACGUGUGAGUCAGUAGUCAGUGUCAGUAUAGUCACAUUUUCUUUGUGGUUUGGUCAUUUUUAAGCAGAUUUUUUGUAUUUUGCCCAAGUAAAUUACUCUGUAUGCCUCACUUUACUGUUGGAAGGUAUCAAAUUGGUCAAAAAUAAGGACACCUGGGACGUUUCUUAUAUAAAACUGGGACAAAUCAAUGGUUUUGGAUAAAUCUGCAGCGACAGGGGACACAGGGUUCAAAACCGGGACGUCUGGUCACCCUAGACAAGCAAAUAGCAGACCCUCCACCAGAAAAGUGACGCAUGGCAAGCUGAACUAGUUCGUUUUAGACUGUAGAGUUCAAAAAUAUUCUUUACUUAUCCAACAAAUGUCUAGAGUAGUAAUAUUCACCACCAUGAGUUUAUAAGCAUGUUUCACAACUUUCAGAGGCCAGAACAGUGUUUCUAUAGCUCAUCGAAAACAGCCAAAGCAUACCAAAGUGUGCAUACAGUAAGCAAAAGCAACAGUGCACUUCCUAAUUCCAAAGUAAUAAAAAAUAAGUGUAAUGAUAAUGCAUUUCAGACAGUGCGUAGUGGCCUCAUUUUGACCCUAAGAGCUUUUUCAAUAUUUCCGAACCUAUGCAAGACAAAUUUUACUCUACUACUCGGAAAAAAAGAAUCGGUACAGCCAACAGUUUUCAAACCAUUGUAAGACUAGUACUUGUGGUUAAUACGAUGGAGCAAUGUCUCAUUUUUGCAUUACGUCAUCUCAUCUGCCUGACUCAUUGAGAAUCACGCUAAAAAUAGUCCAACUAGUGUAUCUUAAAUUCACUUCUUUUGCGUUUACGAUUCUUUUCCGUACUCACUCAGCUGAAGUAUAUCUUAAAUGUCCAAACCAGUAUUAUUACUCUUAUGUUUUUUUGUUUUUUGUGCACUCUUAAAGCCUCUGGUGUUCAUUAUUGAUUUGAAAGUCAUUGUGCUGUGACGUACACUGUUAAAAAUGCCAGUUGAGUGCUUUGUCGUGACUUGAAUCAAAACACAUGUUGGGCUGAAUACAUGGACAUGGCCUGUAACAGCUGACAGCACAGUACAGAGCAGGGCCAGGGUACAGUGAAGUCAGUCUCUGCAGUGUGUCCAGAAAAAUGACUUCUAGCAGAUUCUGGAUUAGCCCCAUAUGUCAUCUCGCUUGACAGGCAACAUGACUUCUUUGAUCUGGAGAAGGCCUGUCAGAAUCAACAAAACCAUUUCUUUUAUAUACGAAGGGAAUUUGCACGAGUCACUGUGCAAGAAUGAGCGGUAUUUGGAAACUUUGACGUCGUAUGUGUAUGAAAUUAGACGACAAAAAUGCAGCAAUCUGUGUGUACACAUUGUAUUUGAGGUUAAUUGCAACAAAACUGUAAAGUGUGUAAUUUAAAGGUGCACUUUGUAACUUUUUGGUUGGGGGUCCGUCACCUGCUUGUUUCUAUCAAUGUCUAUCUAUGUCAUUGCUUUGCUUGGAAUUUACUCAAUUACAAGUGGUUUUAUGGCUCAAAAUUAUCUAGAAAAACUGGCAUUUUGACUGAACGGGGUUGCCUCUUCUAACAAUUAGUAGUAGUUGUUUUUUAUUCGGUCAUUUCGCAGUACUACAAAACAAAACAAAUAAAAAAACAUAGACUACAACACCAUGGAUCUUGACCGGAAGGGUUUAGGCUGAAGUAAAAAGCACUUAUAAUGCCAAACCCUUUUAAACAAUGACAUAAUUCCAAGAAAGAAAACAGCGUAUGAACAGCAAGUUUGCAUUUACAAUUUCACUUAUGACUUACUGUACAUAUAAGAGACAAACUAUAAAUUGAAAUAAACUAAAUUUAAUGCAUAAUUCGUUCAUUCCAGAGCUUUGUAUCUUUCAAAACAUAAUGCUUUAUACUUGUUUUUAAAGGCGUAUACAGUGUUAGACUUUCAAUCCCUUUUUUUUUUUUUUAUUAUUAAGUUUUUUUAAAGUUCUUAUCUUCAUUUUUUAUGGUCAUACAAACUAAAAGUAAUGAUAAAGAAGGCCCUAAAUAUAUCGCUUAUGAUCGUAUCAAAAUAAAAGGUAAUGUUAAAGAAAAGAAAAGCAUGUAUUUAGUUAAUAGUCUUGGUUUACUUGUGAAGGCCAUAUUUAAUCUUCUAGGAAUAUCUGACCUGUAACUUGGUCCGGUUUGGUCUCCAUGAAGAUAGAAAGGUUUAAUGUCAUACUGUGAAACAUUCCAGACAAAGCAAUAACAUCUCCAUAGAGAAAAACACACAGGCCCUCCACCAAAAAAGUUAGAGGACGUUGAAUUGAUAACUAUUAUAAUUUAUUGGCGCCCGUUAAGGCUUGCACUGGGAGGGCUUUGAUAAAGGCUCACUAUGUAUCUUUUCUGCUGGUCUCUACGGCGAUGUUAUUGCGUUGUGCAUCUUGAUGGAGGCGGGCAGGUGACGCCAUCAGGUUACAAGUCAGAUCUGUGGAGAAGUGACCUGGAUCAAUGAUGAAGGAUGAAUUUCAAGGCACUUUUGAGUAGUAAAAACAUCUCUAAUUGAAUAAAUGAGAGAUAGAUACAGUACGUUUAAUGCCGUACUGUGGAACAUUCCCUACAAAGCAAUAACAUCUCCAUGGAAACAAACAACUUUCCACCAAAGAAGCUACAAAGUGCAUCUUUAAGUAGAUCAAAAUGCAUUUCAAUUUAGCAAUUUUCUACCAAAUAAUGUGGAGUAUACAUGUAACCUCUUUUCAGUGUCUUUUUUUUUUUUUUUGAACCAUGAUAUUGUCAUUUUAAAACAGCAAAAUAGUCUUUUCAAAUCCUGUUUUUAAUUACAUUCACUGUUAUCGUGCAUUCAGGUGACGUCAACUUAACUAAAUGUCAUUCAGUGUAUACCAAUGUAAGUAUAUGUACAGUGUGUGUAUAUAAAUAUGUAUUAUUCAAUUAUAAUCACCAAAGGGAAGUGUUACGGCCUUGUAAAUGUGUGUUGGAUGUACUGUAGUGUUGUCCAUUUUGCUAUUGUGAGCUCUUUUUGUAUUGUGAGCUUGUAAAGAAGAAACUAAAACAAAGUAUUCAUGUGUGCAGUGCCUUAUAAGUACCUGCCUUAAAUGUGUUUACUAACCGUGUAUUUAAUAUCAGAUGCCUUAAAGUAGAGGUCAAAUUUGUCUCAAAAAACAGUACAAUUGUGCAGUUUUAUCAAUAAAGAUGUAACAAUAAAAAUCACGAGAAUGUCCCAAUAUAAA